CCCCGCAAGCCGCGGCCAUGGCGGCGCCGCCUCGGGAGCCCUGGAACCGCGUGUGGCUCCCCGGCGCGGGAACCGUCAGCGCCCUCACCCUCCCCGCGGGGACACGAGCGCCAGCGAAGUGCCUGGCGUCCGUGAGCCGGGAGAGCGGCCGCGUCCUGAGCGCCCUGAGCAGCCCGGCCUUGGAGACGGAGAACCUCUUGCUGCGGGCCGUGCUGUACAGCCACCACCGCAGGAUGGGCCGACACAGGCCCCACCUGGCCCUCAAACAGGUCGAGCAGUGCCUGAAGCGUUUAGAGGCCAUGCGGUUGGUGAGCUCCAUCCGAGACCUGUCUGCGUUGUGCACCAAGGACGGCUCGUCCAGAAACUCCGCCGAGUGUCUCAUCCCCAGCCAGCCGGUGGUGGAGCUGGCGCUGAUGAAGAUCUUGGGAGCCUGCCAACUGGUUCUCCGCCUUCUCGACCGUUGCCGUAAAGCAUUUCUAUUGUUUGUUAAGCACCUCUGCACGCGCGAAUUUCUCGUCUUAAACCUGGUGGUGACCGGAUUGGUGAGCAGAUUAUGGGUGCUGUAUAGGGCCGCGUUGAAGAGACUGACCGGGCUGUACGAGCCGCUGCUGGAGUUGCUCCGCAAGUCGUCCAAGGCGCGGCCCAUGCCGUACUUCCGGGACUUCCGCUUCCCCCUGCGGAUCGCCGAGUUCCUCGGGCCGGCCUACGCCGAAGUGCUGAAGCCACAGCCCCCCAGAGCCCUGGGCGACAGGGGCGUGUCCAGACUGCUGAAUAAGAUGUUUCCCGCUCAGGGGGGCUGGGCUACCCCCGGGGAGGAAGCGGGACCCGAGGUGCUCCCGAGGCCCGAGCCGGAGAAACGGGGGAGCCACGUGGAUCUCGGCCAGCCGGUGCCAACGAGGAGCGCUUCGAGGGAGAAGUUAAUGAAACUCGACGUGAAGACUUUCUGCAGGCCACCGAAACCCCAAACGGCAGAGGCUCACGGUGCUCCCCAGCUUGACCCACCCCAGGAUGUAUCGUUGAAGACCAAGCGUCCUGCUCCCGACGCUCGAUCUGCCAGAACUUCUUCGUCCGGGCGAUCGGCGAACCCCUUGGGAGGCGCCACCCUGGUGGCGCGACUUCGAGAGGCCCAGGGUUUCGCGGAACUGUCGGAAGUGCUCCGGACGGCCGUCGUCUGGUGCAGAAACCAGAAGCGCCAAGCCGAAGCCGUCUUUCUGGGGAACAAGCUCCUGAAAAGCAACCGGCUGAAGCACGUGGAAGCUCAAGGAUACAGCUUGCCGAAGAAGUUGAACUGUGUGAAGAUUUCCGUCUGCAACCGCCUUCUCCGGGCCUUAGGGAAGAAAACUCCUAAGCGGCAGCAGACGCCACCCAGUUCCCAGAACACAUUUGGGCAGAGGGCAGGGAGCCUCCGGAGAAAGCCGGUCCGUGCCAUCUUAAAGGAAAUCCGGCCGGGCUCCGAGCGGACCGAGAAUCCCAUUUCGGGUCCCCGGGUUGAGAGGAGCGCUGCGCCUGCCUUGGCUCAGAAAACUGAGCCCCUGCCCUUGCUCCGCCUCCGUGCAGGGAACGGAACUUCUAAGUCCUCGACGUCGGUGGGGGCCAAGCAGGCCGCCCCCUCGGCGUACGCCAGCGAAGGGAGGGACGACAUCGAUGAUAUCUUUUCCUUGAUGGGGCUCUGAUGAAGGAAGGGGCUGCUUUGGAAAGGAGGCGGGGGUCGGGGGGUUCCGGGCCAAACACGAUCCCUCCCUGCUCCCUGAUCCUGUAGGGGCAGAGCAGGACCGCACCCUGGGAGACCAGGACACUGACCUCUCGAAGGGAUGCCGAGGCCCAAGGCCGGCGGGCACGCUGGACCGGGCUGCGCCCCGCUGGCCUUGCUCUAACCCUCUCUCUCGGAAAGCUUCGGGCAACUCGGGCCUGGGGCAGGGAGGCGGGGGCGCAGUUCAAACAAGGGAUGCUUCUGCCUCCCUCGAGGGGCAGUGGGAAGGCCAAUUAAAAGUGUCAAAAUAUUCACAAGUCA